UGUGAUACCGCCGCCAAGGAAGAAGAAGAAACGCAAAGCAGAGAGGAAGAAGACGCAGAGGAAGAGAAAUAACAACGGGGGUUUGAGAAAAAUGUCUGAGUACAACUCUGUUCAGAAGUCUGCCCUGAAACUGAAAGAUAUUGGGGCAAUUUCAGCGGGGAAAAAGAAAAAGAAAAAGAACAAAGAGAGUAAGCAUCGCAUGGAGCAGGUUGUCACCACUCAAAAUGAAGAAGAGGUCAAAACCAAGAAAGCUUAUCUUGACAAGAGGACACCAGCUCAAAUUGCCUUUGACAAGAUGCAAGAAAAGAGGCAAAUGGAACGGAUUUUAAACAAAGCAUCAAAGACACACAAACACAGAGUUGAGGAUUUCAAUCGCCACCUGGACACCCUGACAGAGCAUUACGAUAUCCCCAAGGUCAGCUGGACCAAAUAAGAGGAACAGCCUUCGUCAAAUGUGGAUUUGUUUUCUAGUUUCAUGUAUUCACCAUUAAAAUGUUAUUCAAAUGCUAUCUUUUGUUAUUGCAUACGUUCACAUUAAAGAGUAUGCCUAUA